AUGGCUUCAGGUUUCCUUUUGCAGGGUGUAAGCUUGUGGGAAUUGCAUCAGCCAUCAUCAGCCGGCAGUUGCGAGGAAGAACAUCGAGCUAGCGUUACCAUGUUUUCCAGGGCUGCAAACAGAGAAUCCACCGGCGCAGAGCUCCUGCCAAAGCACAAAACCUACAGGACCUACAGAUCCCCACAGCCACCGCCCUCAACCUCCCAAAGCAAUCAGCAGCUGAAUCUUUCAGAAUCUUUCAGAAAACGAUUCAAGGAGUCUCCCCUCGUCCAACCCUGCUUUCAAGCCCCAACAACCUUUCCCCCAGAAUGA